UUUUUUACCCCUGGAGUUGGUACAUUCAUUCAUUCGCGCAUGCUUCAAAAAAAGGACUGAAGACUGGGGCGAAGAGCCUUGUUUUAAAUCCUACAUAUAGUUGUAAUUGUAUGCACUUGUUCUAUGGAAUAUUUCUGUCGGAUGACGCACGCGUGGACUUAAAUAAGAGCAGCAACGCAGUAGGGAGGUAAUCAUAAGCAUAACUUGCAACGACAUGGAACUAGGAACAGGACUACAGCUCCUUUUCAGCACAAGAAGAUGAGGAAGUCGCAAAACCAGACACGAAGCCCUCCUGGGAAGGAGUGGCUAAAAAACGUCGAUACCUCUCCGUUGCCAAAGAUUCCGCAUAGAGAAGUGCGAGGAUCCAGUGGAGGUACUACUUUCUUCUGUCGAAUAAAGUUGUUGACCAAGUAGAAGAUCUAGAUGAUGUAGGCUGUUCCUGUACUCACAACAUUUUGUUGAAAAUUAGGAAUUCUAGAACACCAUGUCGCAAGGUUUCAACUUUCCAAAAAUUAAGCAAAUUGCCAAUUUUCCAGAAAAUCUCUCCACUUCAGUUCUUGACACAGCUUUCGUGCGUUGUACAACGGUAUUACAAUUGAAUUCUACUUAGGCACGGACAUCACUUUCGGUCGAUCACGUGGGCUCGGAGGAUCCGACAGUAGCACCUCGGAUAGUACUAGGGACCAAAUGAAUCCUAUUCGAGCUUCUGUGAACGGCAAAAACAACAAGCAGUUUCGAUCCGCCAAUAUCGCCCUCUACGAAGGCGGCGGCCAUUAUGCGGCGCCACCAGUAAAAGAUGUUGCGCCACCGAAGAAUGGGAGUGUUACGGCUUCCCCUAUAAUAGUCUCCCAUUUUGAGAGAAGGCAUCCUGGAACAAGAGACGUUUUCAAGGGGAAAACGGUAAGGAGGAUGGACUUCAAGAUGGACGAUUUCGGUGAGCUCUAAGAAUGGCAACGGCAGUAAUGGGAAUGGUAGCAACGGGGGGCCAAAUGGAAGCAAGAACAAGGAUCCACCUGGCGCAUCUCCGGUUUCCACUGUUAAGGCUUACCCUAAUGCAUCUCCGGAAGCAUCCCCAAGAGGCUUCUCAAGGGGAAAAGAUAAAGGCACCUAGGACGCAUUUCGGGAUGGAUUAUGGUGAGCUCUAACCCUGCCUCUCAUGCCAGUGCAAGACUAGGAAUAGCAAACCCUUUGGGUGGCAUGUUCCGCAACAAAGAAGCAGAACCUGUGCAGCCGGCAUUUAGUGAUUAAGGCUAGUAGUACGAGAAUAAAUUAUCCAUCUUUCCCGACGAACAUUCAUCGUGCUUAGUCAUAGAUAGAAUUAGAAUAAAUCCAUCUUCCCCAACAUCUUGCUCAGUCAUAGAAUUAGAAAAAAUCCGUCUUCUCCAGGAGCAUCUUACUUGCGUGGCCCUCCCGAUUUCUCAUCGAGGUUCACAAUUUGGGGAAUAUACAGGGACCCAGUGAUGAAUCCUAAGAUUUCAUGGAUUUUCUUUAAAAAUAGGUCUACGUCUAAUGUCAGGAUGAGAGCGACUCUGAGACCGGGAGUCCAGCUGGGUCGCCAAAUGAUGAAGACGAAGAAGACGCAGAGACUAAACGCAGAGCCAAGCACUCAACGGAAGUCGAUCCAGGUGCUGCACCAGUGGUUCCGCAGUAUCCGUUGAAGUUAUGUCUCCUGGGAUGAAAUGGAACAGUAAGUAAGAAAAUCAUAACGCUUCUGCUAUAAUGCUUCUGCUAUGAUGCUUCUGCUAUGAUGCUUCUGCUAUGAUGCUUCUGCUAUAAAUGCUUCUGCUAUAAUGCUUCUGCUAUAAUGCUUCUGCUAUAAAUGCUUUUGCUAUAUUAAUGCUUCUGCUAUGAUGCUUCUGCUAUGAUGCUUCUGCUAUAAAUGCUUUUGCUAUAUUAAUGCUUCUGCUAUGAUGCUUCUGCUAUGAUGCUUCUGCUUAAAGAUGCAAGAUUGAAGAUUCAAUCUACCUAACCUUUUCUAAUUCCUGUCGAACCCGGAAUGAAUAUGCAUGUUUUAGCGCUUGAUCCGGUCCCAUAUCGACUGAGAUGCAUGGCGGACUUGGGCAGGUACUUUAGAAUCUACCUUUCAACACUUUCAAUUGCAGGGUGUCUUCUGUUACUACAAGCUUAGUUCUGAGCUAUUGUUAACAAAGUUACAACCUCCAAUAGAGCAAACUGCUAUUCAAGCCUCAUACCGUUUCCUGUUGUCGUUGUCUCUACUAGAUUUGCGGAUUUAAGGAUGAAGAUUACUCUCUUCAUCAGCUGCUACUCGCUUGUUUCUAAGCAGAACCCAUUCUACGCACAGUGUCGAUUCGCCUUCCCCGAGACAAAAAUAUUAACACCACAACUUUAAUAUAUCUCCAUCUCAUUUUUUGAGUUUCAAACACUCUCUUCAUAGUCGUGCACUAAAUGGUUCAAAAAUAGCACACUACUUGAUCUGGUAUUGUUUGUCACUGUGUUCUUUGCUUUGCGUUGCAGUUUUCAACAUUACCUCAAGUAGUGCCUACUGUGAUUAUAUACUUAUAUCUCCUCAUAAUCAUCUUCAUCCCCCACUGCUCCUGCAGAACCCACCGCAUCCGCACAACAACGUUCCUUGGUCGCAGUCGUAAGCAAUUACGACCUGAAGAUUUAGCCUUGGAUGCACAGGACGUUUCUAAGAUCCACUGUUCUAUUACCGCUAUUGGUAACGCAAUCGCUGGCUACAAGCUCUCUGUGGUAGUGGCGGAAGAUGCGAAAGCACCUGUGAGCAUCAACGGAGCAAAAUUGAAACAGAAAGGAAGACCUUAUCCGUUGAAGGUAAGUAGUUCUUUUCGUUUUCUCAUCUCUUCUACUUAUACAGGCUGGUGACAUCGCUAUUAACACGACGUGACGUAGUUUUUGUUUUUGGUAACAAAUUGAGUUCUUCGUCCACGCGAAAAGCUUAAGGGAUGGCAGUGAGAAUCUAGAAGUAGUACAAGAACUAGUGAGUUCUAUGAAAAUAAGUAAUUUGCUAGAAACAUUUCCUCCAUGUACUCCUUUCUCCGACUCCGUUCCCUCUCGUCCCCUCUCAGGUCGGCGAUGUGCUCUUAGUCGGUUUAAGGGAAAUGUGGAAGUUAGAGAGAAGUACAAUUGAAGAAAUGCCUCCGAAACAUAUCACGGAUGAACUAGAACUCUACGAAGCCCACGACGAGUUUUUGCAGUUGGCAAUAGCCGAUGUGGAGACAUAUAAGAACGUACUGUCUUCUCCUUCAUUUUCUCCUUCAUCUACAUAUUUAUAAGAACGUACUGCUUUUCCACGCCAGAUUGUUUGUAGAUAUAGAGUAGUUUCAUCCUUGUCACUAAUUCUAACUAAGUAAGUUGUAACUACUCACUUGCUCCUUCUUCACAAUUUUUAUGAUACUUUUUAAUUUAUUAAAAAAUAACCUACUCAGCUCGCUCGGUGCGAGAAAUGGAUGGAUUUUGUGGCUAUAGCAGUCGAAUUAAGCGAAAAGGACCAGGCAGUUCAGCAGACGAGGCGUAGGUUCGUUGCUGCGCGUAGAAGUGCUUUCCCGUCAAAUUAAGUCUCGAUACAGCAAUCCAUUGCAGCUAGUUGUUGUGCAAGGCUUUUUUUACUUUUUUCCCUAUUUAUUUUUCCUUCUUUGGACGAUUGGGAGAAAUGCAAGCAAGAAAUGAAAUGCUUCUUUGAGCUCUAAUCAAAGUCGUCUGCUGGUCCAGGAAGGAACGGCGGCGCAGGCGGAGCUAGUGGCAACAAUAAGGGAGGUCCAGGUGGAAUGGCCAUGUUGGGCAGUGGUGGAGGUGGAAACCAUGCGAAUAACAUGCGCCAAGGUGGCAACAUGAACAACGCGCAUACGACGACUCACACUACUACUAAGGCUUCCUUCCCCAUGUAAUUCAUCUUGAGUAGAAGCAUCUUCUUUGUCCCCCUUUUCUUUGAAGAAUAGAAAACGGGUCGAACAAGAAGAGUUUCCGUUUCAAGAUGAAUUACAAUUAAGUAUAAUAUCGGUAAGGUCUAAUACUAGUAGUUUCACGACAGGCGAAGACAACGCUAGUCUGUUUAGACGAACCGACGCGACGAUGGUGACGCUGGAAACUGAUCCAGGUGCGAGUGGAGCAGAUUUCAGGAUGCGGAACACGGAAACCAGUAGCUGGAACGCUGGACCGCACCAAGGCAUGAUAUUAAAGCUUCCUUUUAUUCAUCUUGUUCUAAGUGCUACUUGUUGAGGAGCUGGAUGAUCUUACUUAGAUGACAUCUUGUCAAGACUUGUUGAGAAGAAUCACGGAUGAAGGCGAAGGGUAGGCAGCAACAUAAGGGGGAAAAAUCAAGAAUCUCUACCAAGUAAACGCUGGCGAAGAUGAACUUGAACUUAUACGUAGAAGGUAUGUUAUAGGCUCUAAUGAGACCGGAGAACGAGCAGCUGAAAACGAUGUCUACUUUCGGUGGUGGUUCUUCGAUUGCCAACACAGACACGAAUUUCAACCAGGGUGGUCACCAAAGCGGUGGAAACAUGAUGUCAACAACGAUGUCGUCUACAGGUGUCAUCGGAGGAGGCGGUCCAGGAUCAUCCUCCCAUCAGGGUGGAAAUAAUACCAGAGAAUCAGCUAUGAAAGAAAAUAAAGGUGCACAUCACACAGGCAAAAAAGUAGGACUAGGAGUAGCCAUUUUCGUCCUAAUCCACCUACUUACUCAAUAAAUCCUAUUCAUCCUAGCCAAUUUCUUCAGUGUGACUGUGAGUGGUGCACUUUUUCCUUUCAGAUCCCGGUUUCGAUCAGGCAAUAGCUUCCUACGGGAAACUACUCACACACAAAGCACAGGCGGAGAAUAUACAGACGAGCUUCCGGAGGACAGCAUGGAUGCUGCUUUGGCACAAGAGUAUCCUAGGUGUGCGGACCUGAUCGAAGUCCUGGACGAGGUAUAUUUAUAAGUACCUCCUACGGUAUGUUGAGAAUUCUGUUUCUGAAGAUAUAUGAUUGGUUACGGGAUUAGGCAAGUCGCUGAUGUUAGUGUGAAGAUGUGGCUGGAUUUUCUACAGAAAGUGAUGUAGAUUGCAGAAGUGCUGGAAGAUGUUGAGCAACAUGAAGAAAUCAACUACGAAUCAUCUUCAUCAUUUUUUCCUCUCCUCAGUCAGUACCAUCCUCUCUAUCUAUCAAGGAAAGUGUCCUCAAAAUACAGCUUGGCCACGUUCUGUUCACCUUUGGACCAGUCUCCAGUUUUGACGAGAUGGACGAAUAUGACUUGUCUGAAAUAGUAGAAUUAAGGCUAGUUUUUCACUAUGUAUCCCGUGUGGAGUAUGAUCCCGUGCGCACUACUUCUCCCGCUGGAUUUAAGGGUGAAACCAAGGGGAGAAAGAGGACCUACUCACCCUACGACCAGGGAUUGUGAAAAACUAGUGCUAAUAGAGGUUUUGGCGCCAGGUCUCUUCGUUCGCGUACACUUAUGCUUCUUUCCGCCUCUAGUGCAAUCCUGCGCAGACUGGCUAGAUCGAGGAACCGGAGCAGCGCUGCAGCAGGUCAUUGGAGGAGGAGAUCCGAAUAGUCUGGAUAGGAAAGCGCUUAUGUGA